AUGGACAACAUUCUAGGCCUUAUCAGACUUCGUAUCAAAAAAGGCACUAAUCUCGUACCUUGUGAUUCUCGUACCAGUGACCCUUAUGUUCUUAUCACCAUGGCUCAACAGACACUGAAAACUGCUGUUGUGAAAGAUAACUGUCAUCCCGAAUGGAACGAAGAAUUGACACUUUUUAUUCAAGAUAAAGAUCUUAAGACAAAAACACCGAUACAACUUACCGUUUGCGACAAAGACACGUUCAGUGUGGACGACAAAAUGGGCGAAACGGACAUAGACAUAAAGCCGUAUCUUCAGUGUGUGAAGAUGGGACUGACUGAUGUCCCGGAAGGACAUGUUGUCAAGAUCGUUCAACCAGAUAGGACUAACUGUUUAGCCGAAGAGAGUAGAUGUAUAUGGAGAAACGGAAAACUCGUCCAAGAAAUGAGUUUACGGUUGAGAAAUGUUAAGUCUGGUGAAGUAUUCGUCGAAAUUGAAUGGAUCGAUGUUACAGAUUCCAAAGGCUUAUCUGAGGUUGAGUUAUAG